CAUCGUUUCACAACUUGCAUCCCAGUUCUUCUUGCUAAUUGCCUUGUCCGGCCCAGUCUUCCUCUCCCAUCGGAAAAUGACCUGCACACCGGGACCUCACAAUCGGAAACUAAUACUAAAGGUUGCAUAGAUUUAAAUUUCGCUUCACUUUCUUCUUCAUCCUUAUCCGUUACAAAUACCUUUCCCUUAGUUUCCUCUCAGUGUAUUUCUUCUAACCCUGACUCAUAUGACACCAUCACGGAAACCAACGCCCCUAGUAAAGAUUCUCUUACCUCCAAUGAUGGAUUAAUUUGCAAUAGCUCUUCUCGGUUCACUUAUGGAGACAACAGGCCAGCUAAUGACUGUCGAGCACAAUGUAGUGUCUGCUUUCGCGUGCCCCCUGACAACAGUGUUUUCAUUAGUCUCUCAAGAGUUAGCGAAAUGUUGGCUGGCUUACCGCGCCUCGAUUACGGCUUUAAUAUUGGAACUGGAUUGGAGCUGGAGACUUCAUGCCCUGCUUAUCCAAUCUUGCAGUAUCUGGAUGCUUAUAUUUGCCAGCUGGCCAGCUUUUUGGCCCAUCAACCUGUUCUGCUGGGAACAUUUAUGCUGCUAAAAUUGACAGACCCUACGCCUACUAUUGGACAGGAGCCUGAAGAGGAAAGAGCAAAUUCUUGCGAAGGUGAGAGAACUCAAAGUAAACGGUUUCAACGAAUGUCCAGAUUACAUGCACACUUUACUAACGUUUUUGGUGACGCCGCCAACCUAGUUGCUAGACAAUCAGGACGGCAACGAAAAAGGCCUUCCCUAGGACAUAUGGAAGAGAGAAUCUUAGGGAAAAAGGAACAAAAGGAAGAAGAUCUAGGAUCCUCUCCGGGAACUCUCGACUCAGAGGAAUCGGUCGCAACCACAUUUGAAGAGGCUCUGGCAGCGGCUGAGUCUCGGCGCGUAAUGCUGCAGGAGUUUCUAACUUGGGGCCGCCAGUUCGAUACCGCCUGGGCAGCUUUCCUCCGGGACACCCGACUUGCUGGAGACAGUCAAACCCGACCAGGCGAAGGUGGCAUCAACCAAGACUCAGAUCUCAGAUGGCUUGUCCCUUUGCUUGAGGAGGCACACCACGAGUUGCACUUGGACUAA